UUGGCGGCCCGGCUGGCCGCGACCGGAUACACCGAACUCGGGUUUGACGCCGUCGCGCCCUACUUCACGAUCAUCCAGGAGUCUUCGGCGCUUGGCUGCGACAUGCAGUGGGAGGAGAAAGACAACUGGCCGACAGUCGUGCGUAUGUACCGUCCGAUCUGGAAGGACUCCCGUGAUAUCCACAUUCCGUCCGGUUUCCUCGAGCACCCGGACAACAUCGCAAUCACCAAGUCGAUCGAGAUACUCAAGCAGGAGAUUGGCAACGAAGUUGCGAUCAUCGGCAAGACUAUGGGUCCGUGGACGCUGGCCUAUCACGUCUUUGGAGUGGAAAACUUCCUGCUAAUGACCAUCGACGACCCCGACGAGACAAUGAGAUGCACUCACCUUCCCGACCACGCCACCGGGGACUUGGUUAGCGGAGAAUACUAUCGCCGCUUCCUGCAGGAUAUCCACAUUGAGAUGGCAGAACGACUUAACGUGCCGUUGAUCCUGCACAUCUGCGGGAACACGUUGGACAGGAUGCCGUACAUCGCAGAUACGGGGAUGGCUUACUUCCACUUCGAUUCCAAGAACGACCCGCAGGCUGCAAUGGAUACGGUCGAGGGCAAGAUCGGACUGGUCGGCAACAUCAACAAUCCGACUACGCUGUACGCUCGCGGACCGGCAGAGGUGCGAGAAGAAGUGUUCGCGUGCCUGGAUGCUGGCGUGCAGAUGAUUGCGCCGGAGUGCGCCGUGCCACUGGCGACCAAAUUGGAGAACCUGAUAGCGAUCCCGGAUGCUGUUCGGGAGUGGUGCGAGACCAAUACGUGA